GCGAGAAUACAAAACAAAAGAUAUAGAGAGAGAUGGGAUUUGAGAGUGGAAUUACAUUUAUUGAUUUCAGUAAAGACCCAAAUGCUUUAGUCGAAACAAGUGAAGGAUGGAAGAACUUGUGUAAACAAGUGAAAGAAGCUUGUGAAAACCAUGGAUGUUUUCAGGUAGGUUAUGAAAAAGUUCCAGGAAAACUACAUGAUGAAAUGUUCAAGGGAAUGAAAGAUUUGUUUGAUUUAGGUGAUGAGAUUAAACAAAAGAAUAUCAGUAGCAAACCUCAUCAUGGUUAUAUUGGAAAGGAUUCUAAUUAUCCUUUGUUGGAAAGUUUGGGCAUUGAGAAUGCACUUAUUCUUGACAAGGCUCGAGCAUUUACAGAUCUUAUGUGGCCCAACGGAAACCCUUCUUUCUGUGGAACUUUGAACUCUAUGAGUAUAAUGAUGAAAGAACUUGAAGGAAUCAUUCGAAAAAUGAUUUUCGAGAGCUUCAGAAUUAAAGAAUAUUAUGAUUCCAACAUCAAGAACACUGAUUACAUGUUUCGUGUGAUGAAAUACAAAGCUCCUUUCACUGAUCAACCAACUAUCGGUCUUCCUGCUCACACUGAUAAAAAUAUCCUAACCAUCUUAUAUGAAGACAUCCAAGGACUCGAAGUUCUCUCGAAAAAAGGACAGUGGAUCCAUGUAGUACCGAAACAAGGAAAUUUUUUGGUUAUCGUGGGGGAAUCUCUAAUGGCCUGGAGCAAUGGAAGAAUGCAUGCACCAAAACAUAGAGUUAUGAUGAAAGGAGAAAAGGAUAGAUACUCUUACUCACAAUUUUCAACACCGAAUGAGCUAGUGCAUGUUCAAACCCCCAAGGAGCUAGUAGAUGAAGACCAUCCUCUUCUAUUUCGUCCUUUUAAGUUCUUGGAUUAUCUUCGAUAUUUUGAUGCGAAUAUGCACCUUGAAAAUCCUCUAGCAAGCUAUGUUGGUAUUGGAAUUUGAUCUUUAUAAUAAUAAAAAAUAAAUCUAAUAAGUAGAUUUUUACUUAUCUAUGCUAAGUAUACCAAACACUGGUGUUUUGGAAUGCGCAUUAAUUGACCACAUUUCAUUAUUUUUGGAUGGAUAUAAUAUGUAGUCA